AGGAUGCGAUUCAGCUUAUUAUGGACUGUGCUAACACAAACUGUCACACAAGGGAGACACUGUCAGAGCUGGACAGAGCAGCAGAGGGAUACGUGAAUCUGACAGACAACACAGAGAAAGGGAUCCUCCCAGUAUGAGCCAGUCCUACAGUCCGUCCCUCUUGACCACGCCUACAUACAUCAAUGUCACAAACCCAGAGGAUGACAGUGUGGUCAGCAAUGACUUCACGAACACGUUGAGUGCCCUCAUCCUCGGCUUGGUCUUCCUCCUUGGUGUCCCCGGCAACCUCUUCAUUAUCUGGAGCAUCCUGGCGCGCACCCGGGAACGAUCGGUCACCACCCUCCUCAUCCUCAACUUGGCAUGCGCUGACGGCAUCCUCAUGGCCCUCACCAUCUUCUUCAUCGUCUACCUGGCCAAGCAGUCGUGGGUGUUCGGUGACGCCAUGUGCAAAGGCGCCUUCUACCUGUGCAACUCUAACAUGUACGCCUCCAUCUUCCUAAUCACGCUGAUGAGCGUGCACAGGAUGGUCGCCGUGGUGUUUCCGAGAAAAGCCAAGUCCCUCGUCACCAAGCAGAUCGUGAGGAGGGCUAUCAUUGGCACGUGGGUGCUGGUGAUGUUGAUCUCCAUCCCGUCGCUGGUGUUUCGAAAUUUGAGAGUGGACUUAGAUGAGAAGCGUAUGAAAAGAUUGGUUUGCGCGCCCAAUCACACCGAGGCUCGACAUGUGAGGUUUCAGAAUACCUUAGAGACUGUGACGGGAUUUAUUCUUCCAUACUCAGUCAUCAUAACGUGCUACGUCCUCAUCCUGAGGCGCCUGAGACAGACCAAGUUUCAAAGAAAGGUCCGCAGCGAGAACCUCAUCCUGGCUAUCGUGGUGACGUUUGGCCUUUUCUGGCUGCCGUACCACACUAUAAACAUGCUGCAGGUGGCAGCUGAGUGGUGUAAGAACGGUUCAAAGGCAAAAGAAAAUUUGGACAAAAUCUCUAAAAAUAGCCGCGCAGUGACCUCAUGUCUGGCCUUCAUCAGCAGCUGUGCCAAUCCUGUCCUCUACACCUUCGCUGGGAAGUCCUACAUCAAGCAGAGCGGAUUUGCUUUCAUGGCGCGACUCUUUGAGGGAACGUCAUUGGACCAAACAGGAACCAAAAAGAUUCGGGGACAAAGUAAAGACCUUGCUGAAUCAAGCAGCACAGGAACUCCUCCUUUACGAAACGGAAAAUGAGCUUCCAAUGAGUUUUAUGCAUGAAUAUCAGCACAAGACUACAUGUGGAUUUUGUUUAAAGCAACUUGAGAAGCUUCAAAAAUGUACAGAAGCAAACUCUCUUAGAGGCUGCUGUCAAGUGUUUUUUUUUGGAAAUAGUUUUUGUGAAGUAAAAAGUUCGACUGGGCGUCAGUGAUGAAUGUGCAAGAUUUUUACUGUAUUUUUUUUUUAAACCUGACAUGUAUACUUGAAUUGUCAACUUUUUUAUACCUUUUGUGUUUUAUUAUUUUUCAAGGCUGUUAUGAAAAAAAAAAAAAAAAAAACUACUGAAACAGCUCCAAAUCUACUCGUGGAAACGUUGCAUUGCUGUAACAGAUCAAAUUCCAGUUCGCGUUUAUAACAAUGUAAACUUUACAGUUCUCACAAUUUUAUAUAAUAAAAAUUCACAACCUAUUUGUUGAUUUUCAUUUACAUAUUUUAAGUGCUAAAGAGGAUCAUGGAAGUAGUUCAGAUAGCAUCAACUCCACACCAACCAGGUUCAUUUUAGCUUUAAAAGCUUAGGUCUUAAGACUAUUUUCCCCCUUUUGGCCAACUUCUAUAAACUAAACAACUAGAAAAAUAUAUCUGCUAGGUGAGGUUCAUUUAGCCAAUUUUCCCCAGAGAUAGUAUUUUUUUCUGGUUGCCCGACUACGUGGGUUCAGUCUAGUUUAAUGCUUUGAAACAUUCACAGAACCCUUUUUGGGUCUGCUUAACAGAACUAUACAGAUACUUAACUUCUUAAAACCAAAAUCACCAUGAUGAUAUUCUGACAGUUUUGUUAAGAGACUGAAACAUUAUAUCCAGCUUUAAGUAUUUUAUAUUCAAAUUAUUUUACAUUCCAUGUGUAUUUGUAAUUUGAGUGUUUAUUGCAUGGCUGUGCAGAACAGUCCUUACAUUUCACUGCACAUCUGUAUGAGCAUGUGACAAAUAAAAAUCUUGAAACAGAUUGUCUACCUGCCAAUAGAUACCGGUAAAUCAUCUGAAAUUACUGUCAUGAUCAAGCCACUGAUGGUUAUUCUGAAUCCCAG